UACUGAUCUUCUUCUGCCUGGGUGAAGCGAGCUGGGUGCCUGAAGUGGGAUGGGCAAAGAGGGAAAACUCUGGCCCCGUCCCGUUCUCCACUUUUAAUGAGCGCUCCGAUCAUGCAGGAGUAAAAGUCCAGGUGGAAGAGCUCAGCGCUUGCACACACGACCGCUGGUCAAAUAUUGCGUUUCAAUGAAAGAGUAAGGAUUCGAGGGGAAAACUGCGCAGGGAAUUACUUUUUUUUCCUACGCCUGGAGGACUGUUUUUACCUUUCCAGGUUGGGAGGUUAUACAAGGACAUCUGGCUGACCUGCUAAACCACCCAUCAUGAACAGAGCAUCACUCACUGCCAUCUGCCUCGCGCUCCUCCUGGCCUGCACUUGCUGUGCCAAGCCUGAUGGAUCAAAGAACAAGAAACCAAAGCAAGUUGUUCCAGACAUCGAGUGUGAUGUCAGAGCAGGAAAGAUCAAUCUCCCAGAGUUCAUAGUCAAGUGUCCCGCACACUGUAAGGAGACAAAGCAGCAAGUCUAUGGGACAGGCGUGUUCGCCUCCAUCUCCAGCAUCUGCAAUGCAGCCAUCCACAGUGGCAUCAUCACCAACACAGGAGGGAAGGUGAUUGUGAGGAAGAUGGCCGGACAGAACACUUACAAAGGCACCAAUUCCAAUGGAGUGCGCUCUCUGUCUUUACCCAAGUGGAGGGAGUCGUUUGUUGUCUCAGUGGGAAAGCCCAAGAAAGGAGUGAUCUACCCAUCUACGCUGGACUACGUCCCUUCAAGGCCAACCUACGUGAAAACAAGUCAAAAGGAGGCCAAAUCUCCUGUCACCACAGCGCUGCCAAUGACAACAACACCUGAACCCCCCACAACUACAACACCUGAACCCACCACCACCACUACCACCACACUGGCUCCCACCACUACUGCCACUACAACUCCUCCACCACCACCCACUACUACCAAGGCUCGAGCUGCCGUCCAUAAAGUCAGGGAUGCAGGCAGCAGUCACCCAUACCUUGCUUCUGCGGCAGCCGCAAGACAGUCACAGAAUGGUCAAGGAAAGAGUCUCAGCCCAGUAUUCAGAGGAAGUGCCUAUCCGAAUAGAUUCCCACAGCGGGCCAGUGCAGGUCUGCGCAGACCAGAGGCAGGAUCGGCUAUCAGGAGACAGCCAUCCUCUCCAGUUGGCCCAGCUUUUAACAGGGUUCAGCCAGCCCCACCCGAGCGGACUUCUACCAUGAGCCAGUCCAACCCUGCUUUUCCCAGAAGGGAUUGGGCCCCCCCUUCCUUUCCCCGACCUGACUGGUUCCCUGGAGCUCGACGACCAGCAGAUGUUAGUUAUGCAGCUCCAGACUCAGGAUACACGUGGACUGAGACGGACACACCUGAGAUUACAGCUCGGGAUCACAGGCCUGAUAUCUCAGAAUUUGAGCGCUGGUUUUAUAACUAUGGACCGUACCUGCCUCGCUCGCCUGUCUCAGAUAGCAUCCGUGAACUGCCACUGGACACCACCCAUACAAGAGUGGAGCCAGUGGAUGCCUGGAGGCCAAAAGCAAACCUUUAUGAAUCAGGCUUCAGUGUGAGAGAGCCAGAACCUGUAGCCCGAGUACCAGAGCCUGUGUCACAGGGAGAUCCAAAUUGUAAAGUGGACAUUGCCUUCCUGAUGGAUGGGAGCUGGAGCAUUGGGAGAAGGCGCUUUAAGAUCCAAAAGGACUUCCUGUCUGAGGUGGCUCAGGCCAUCAACGUGGGUGUGGCUGGACCCAUGAUGGGUAUCAUCCAAUACGGGGAUGACCCUGUGACAGAGUUUAGCCUGAAGUCUUACUCCAACUCCAAAGAGGUGAAGUCAGCCAUAGAAAAGGUUGUUCAGAAGGGAGGUCUCUCCAAUGUGGGAAAGGCCCUCACCUACAUCAACAAACAGUACUUCAGUGACACCAAUGGAAACCGAGGAGGAGCUCCUAACGUGGCCGUGGUGCUGGUGGACGGCUGGCCCACGGACAAGGUGGAGGAGGCUUCUCGGCUCGCUCGGGAGUCUGGCAUCAACAUAUUCUUCGUCACCAUUGAGGGUCCUGAUGACAACGAGAAGCAAAAACUGGUUGAGGCCAACUUUGUUGACAAGGCUGUGUGUCGGACAAACGGCUUCUUCUCCCUGCCUGUGACCAGCUGGUUUGCUCUGAGGAAGGCCGUGCAGCCUCUGGUGAAGAGAGUGUGUGACACAGACCGCCUGGUGUGCAGCAAAACCUGCCUCAACGCCAACGACAUCGCCUUUGUCAUCGAUGGCUCCAGCAGCGUGGGAACUGGCAACUUCCGCACGGUGCUUCAGUUUGUUGCCAACGUCACGCGGGAGUUUGAGAUCUCUGACACGGACACACGGGUCGGGGCUGUACAGUACACCUACGAGCAGAGGUUGGAGUUUGCCUUCGGCCAGUACAACAACAAGGCCGAGCUGCUGAACGCCAUCAAACGCAUCAACUACUGGAGCGGCGGGACCAGCACUGGUGCUGCCAUCACCUACGCCGCAGAGCAGCUUUUCAGCAAAUCCAAACCCAACAAACGCAAGAUCAUGAUUGUCAUUACAGAUGGGCGCUCCUAUGAUGACGUCAUUGCACCUGCACUGGCUGUCCAUCGCCAAGGUGUGAUCGCCUACUCCAUCGGCAUCGCCUGGGCAGCCCAGGAUGAGCUGGAGUACAUCGCAACAGACCCCGACAAGGAGCACUCUUUCUUCGUGGAUGAGUUCGACAACCUUUACAAAUUCGUUCCCAAGAUCAUCCACAACAUUUGCCAGGAGUUCAACUCCCAGCCCAGAAACUGAGGACUGACAGGUGGAGGGGGAGGUGUAAAGAGAGACAUCUUUGAUCCUGGGCUGUCUUUACAGAACACCGAUUGUAAAUUUACUCACUCUGUUGCCCAGAUGGUGGUGCUGGAUUGGCUGCGGUGCCCCAAUCUAAAAGUGAAUCAGCAUGUGGCCCCAAAUAUACAGACGGUGCUAAUAGUAAAGGGUGACACUUUACUGUAGGCUGUGGUGCCAGUUAUUCUCUGCUGGUGCCAUAAAGAGAACAGAGAAUCCAUCAUUUAUUUUAAUAAUUUUGGAUUUUUAAGUUGAACUAAGGGUUUUAUUAACAUUGCUAAUGUUACUUAUGCUUUAUUGAUAAGUUAUAAGUCAUUAAUUAGAACAAUACUUGGGCUGCCAGGUUGUGAAAUAUCCCCCUAUAUGGUUUUAAUCUCCAAUGAGCGAUCUGACAAAUUAAACUUGUAACUAACUACAAGCUUGUAAAAGCAACUGACAUGCUGGGAUCUUUCAUAACUUGAGAACCCAAAAGUUGUUCUUCAAUAAAGCAUUAGUAAAUGAUUAUUAAGAUUAAUGAAGCCCUUAUGUACAACUUAUUGAAUAUUUAUAUAGGCUGCCUUAUUAGGAAGUGAUACCAAAAUGAUUAACAAACAAAAAGCUACCUUACUGGGAUAUGGUGCUUGCAGAGAAAUGUAGAUUUAAAGCAUGCCUAGCACUUCCUCUUAUGGCUUAACAUACUUCAUAAACUUAAUAAUAUGGUGCUUUUAUAUAAUUCUCUGUACAGAGGAUAUACUUUCUUAGAAUUGGUGCGUUUUGAUCUUCUUAACAGGAGAGAUUUGAUAGUAGGGACAUUGUUAAAGUUCCUCUCAAAGACUAUGGUGCUGACACCGAGUGGUAAUUUGUAAUGAGUGCAACCAACAAAGUGGAACAAAGAAGUGAGAAAAGAGGAGCUGAUGGCGGGUCGUAAGCAGUAGUUCAUCUCAUCACUCUUGUUUUCUAAUAGUGUGGUUGCUUCUCACAUUGCAAGCAUUUCUCAAUUUUCCUGAAAGAGUAUUUAUGAUUUUCUUCCUGUUAUGUCCUAUUUGUACAUAUGCAUAUUAAAAAGGCCUUUGCUAAUAAUGUUCAGAUAAUUGAUCAAUAUUUUUUUUGCAAUUUUUAAUAAAAUAAAGAAAAUGAA